CAAGAAAACAAAAAUCCCUCACAAAUAAAGAACAGGAACCCUCCUUCUCAACCUCCAUUUUCUGCUCCGAAGACAAAAACCCUAAACCCUAAUCACCGAUGGAGAAUCGAGCUCUAAAUCUCCUAGACGAAGCCCUGGGCCUCGACUACCAGACUGACCCAUGGCCUCUUCGUGGAAAAGUGGUUUUAAUCGAGGACUGCGUAGAGACCAGCGGCUGCUUCGUGCUUCAUCAACUCCUAAAGCGCACUCUCUCUUCCCAAUCUCCAAACAAUACAGUCAUCUUCGUCGCUUUCUCUCACCCCUUAUCCCACUACGAUCGCAUUCUACGCAAACUGGGUUGCAAUUUGGUAGCACAAAGGGAAAAUGGCAGAUUCUUUUUCUUUGAUAUGCUUAAGCUACUGUGUCCAGAUGAGAAGGAAGGGAAAACUGGCAAAGGUGGAUUUACUGCAUUAUACUGGAAAAUACAGAAUACAAUAUGUGCCUUGCCUGAAAACAACAAGAACCAUGCUACCAUAAUGAUAGAUGACAUGUCUCUUAUGGAGGUGGCUGCCCAUGGCUCUUCAGAUCAUGUCUUAGACUUCAUGCAUUAUUGUCACACCUUAACGUCAGAACUUGGUUGCUCCUUAAUAACACUUAAUCAUGAGGAUAUAUAUACAAGCAUGGAGAGGCCUACAUUUAUGUUGCAGACUAAAUACCUUGUGGAUGUUUUGAUAAAGGCAGAACCUUUAGCGACUGGGUUGGCAGCUGAUGUACAUGGGCAGUUGACAGUUUUGAACAGGGAUUUUUGCAAUGUGAAGGGGGGGAGCUCAAAGAACAAGAUAAGCAAUUUCCACUUCAAGGUCAAGGAAAAUAGCGUUGAAUACUUCUAUCCUGGCACUCGAACUUGAGGAGCUAAACUAUUUGUGUUUUGACGGACACCUCCCUAUUGGGAAGGGAGCAAAGCUUUCUGGUUAUCAGAACUGUGAAAGGAGGCUGCAUUUUUUUUCAUCGGGGGAGGCAUGUGCCCAGUGAUGACAAUUACAAGAAAAAUGCGGUCUUCCAGAAAAGGGCAAAAAAUUUUCCCUUUUUCUGAUUGGAAUUGUCAGAUUUAUCUGUAGUGUUAUUUUUCAACCAACUUUUUUCGUUUUGUUUGAUCAGCAUUUCGAAACCAACUUAACAAAUAGAAUUUGUAAUACUAAUGAAGUACAACUCAUUUUCUCGUA